AGUAAGAACCAAGACAUCUUAAAAUUGAUGGCAACGUUUAUAGACAUAAAGCUUUUACUGAAGACUAAUUGUAGCGACAAAGACGGUUUGUCACAAAGUAGAUGCCAUAUGUUGCCCAUUGAUUCGUAUGAUAGGAUGGCGGAACGCUGUGGCUGCUCCAACAAUAAACAAAUAGAUUCUCCAGAAAAAAAUUGGCAACAACAGUGCUAUUGUUCAAAACAGCAAUAUAUAAGAGACAUGAAUUCAAUCGAUUUAGAUAUUACCAGCGAAAACCAAGUCAGAAAUGUAGAAAAACAAUUAACCUCGAAUGAGAUAUCUGAAUGGCUACACCAAGGGUCUGGAUUUAAAUGGUCUUGUCCAGAAACGCAAUCCUUGCUCGUGUUUGGGUAUGGUUCGUUGGUUUGGCUGCCCAAGUUUGCCUUUCACAACCGAGAGGUUGGAUAUGUUCACGGAUUCGUGCGACGGUUUUGGCAAGGAAAUAUAUCACACCGUGGCGUUCCAGGUUCGCCAGGAAGAGUUGUCACACUCGUCCCUGAUGACAAGGGAGUAACUUGGGGUGUAACAUUCCACUUAAAGGGAAAGAAACAGAUUGAAGCUGCCUUGCGUCACCUCGUGACAAGAGAAAUGAUCAACGGCGGUUACGAAAUGCGGACAGCAAAGUUUUAUGGACAUCGUACUUACGACAUUUUGACUUUCGUAGCUAUGCCAGAUAAUGCACAUUAUCUCGGCCCUGCGCCGGUGGAAACUGUAGCUGCAACUAUUGUCAACUCUCGAGGUCGAAGUGGACAUAACCUGGAAUAUAUAUUUAACCUAAUCGACACGUUGCGCAGAGAGGCGCCCCAAGGUGUUGACAACCAUCUUACUUCAUUAGAAGAAGCUUGUCAUCGAAUACUUUGCAGUAUAUUUAAAAAGCGGCAUCGAAUAUUUUGCUGUUCGGGCACCAACGAGGCUGAAUUUAUGACCGAUUGCCGCAAAUGCCUGACAACAAAACACUCAGACGAUGACCAUUACAUAAUUUACUGUUUUGCGCAAAGAAUGGACAGAAUACGUUUAAGCUCAAUGUCAGAUGCUCCUUAGAUUUCCUCUUUAUUACGCAAAAUAUGUUCGUUUUACCACUCAAUUGCUACUUUCUAGUGAUGGUGCACCUUUUUGUGGAUACAAUAUUUGCACAGCCAUUUUAUAUAUUUGCUUUUUGCAACUGGUACUUUUCAAUUUAUAUUUUAAUCCAUAUUAUUUUAAAUUUAGCAAUCAAUAAUAUUGAAGAUAUCACAGCAAGAGUUUAUUGCUAUCAUGGUCAUAACACAAAGUGAAACCGAAUACUCCUUGUAAAGGCAGUGUAAAUUUAAUACGAAUUGAAAACAAUAAAGCUUGUCAUGAGCUUCUUCAAA